AUGGCGCGCAAGGGUUUAAUGGAGCAGGAUCUCAAGACGCUGGAUGUGACGAAGCUCAAUCCGCUGUCUCCUGAAGUCAUCAGUCGACAAGCCACCAUCAACAUCGGUACAAUCGGCCAUGUCGCUCACGGCAAAUCGACUGUCGUCAAGGCGAUUUCUGGCGUCCAGACGGUGCGGUUCAAGAACGAGUUGGAGCGCAACAUCACGAUCAAGCUGGGAUACGCCAACGCCAAGAUAUACAAAUGCGAGGACGACGCCUGCCCUCGCCCCAUGUGCUACAAGGCGUACGGCAGCAGCAAGGAGGACAGCCCGCUCUGCGACGUGCCGGGAUUCGAAAAGGCCCGCAUGAAGCUGAUGCGCCACGUGUCGUUCGUUGAUUGCCCGGGCCACGACAUUCUGAUGGCGACGAUGCUGAACGGCGCGGCGAUCAUGGACGGCGCGCUGCUGCUGAUCGCGGGCAACGAGAGCUGCCCGCAGCCGCAGACGUCGGAGCACCUGGCGGCGGUGGAGAUCAUGCGGCUGAAGCACAUCAUCAUCCUGCAGAACAAGAUCGACCUCAUUCAGGAGAGCGUCGCGCUCAACCAGCACGACGCCAUCCAAAAAUUCAUCCAGGGCACCAUUGCGGACGGCGCGCCGGUGAUCCCCAUCAGCGCGCAGCUCAAGUACAACGUGGACGUGGUGUGCGAGAUGAUCAUCAAGCGCAUCCCCAUCCCCUCUGCCCCUAUCCCCGCACACCGCACUCCACCGCACUCCACUGCGCUGUACCACACUCCACCGCACUCCAUCGCAGGGCACCAUUGCGGACGGCGCGCCGGUGAUCCCCAUCAGCGCGCAGCUCAAGUACAACGUGGACGUGGUGUGCGAGAUGAUAAUCAAGCGCAUUCCCAUCCCCUCUGCCCCUAUCCCCGCACACUGCACCCCACCGCACUCCACCACGCCGCACCACACUCCACCUCACUCCACCGCACUACGCCGCAGGGCACCAUUGCGGAUGGCGCGCCGGUGAUCCCCAUCAGCGCGCAGCUCAAGUACAACGUGGACGUGGUGUGCGAGAUGAUCAUCAAGCGCAUCCCCAUCCCUGAUCGCGACUUUGUGUCGCCGCCCAACAUGAUUGUCAUCCGCUCCUUCGAUGUCAACAAGCCCGGCGCUGAGGUCGAUGAUAUUAAGGGCGGCGUUGCUGGCGGCAGUAUCCUGCAUGGAGUGUUGCGCGUGGGGCAGAAGAUAGAGGUGCGGCCGGGCAUCGUAGCCAAGGACGCGGACGGCAACAUCCGCUGCACGCCCAUCUUCUCGCGCAUCAUCUCGCUCUUCGCCGAGCAGAACGAGCUGCAGUUCGCCGUGCCGGGGGGGCUCAUAGGCGUGGGCACGACCAUCGAUCCCACUCUCACCCGCGCUGAUCGCCUCGUGGGGCAGGUGCUGGGGGAGGUGGGCGCGCUGCCAGACGUGUUCGUUGAGCUGGAGAUCAACUUCUUUUUGCUGCGGCGGCUGCUGGGAGUGCGCACAAAGGGCACAGAGAAGCAAGGCAAGGUGGCGAAGCUGACCAAGGGCGAGGUGCUGAUGCUCAACAUCGGAUCCAUGUCGACCGGUGCACGCGUGGUGGCGGUAAAGAACGAUCUGGCCAAGCUGCACCUCACCUCCCCCGUGUGCACCAAGACUGGCGAGAAGCUCGCUCUGAGUCGGCGUGUAGAGAAGCACUGGCGGCUGAUUGGGUGGGGGCAGAUCCAGGCUGGCGUGAAGCUCGAUGUGCCACCGCCCGUUGACUUGCCCAAGUAG